UUUACAGUCGGAAGGAGGCUCUCUGCACCAAUAUCCCAUACCACAUUUUUAUUUUAUUUCCGUUUCGUUCUCUCUGUGCCUCUGUACACAGGUGCCGCUAAACCGUUAAUGCAUGUACUCUAUUCCUCCUUUUCCCCCCUCCUUUGCACCGCCUGGUCGUCCCUCAGAUGGACAGAAUGAAUUUCCUCUCCUUCUUCCUCCUUUGCUUGACUUCAGUUGCCAAUAGCAACAAAGCCAAUAAGCACAAGCCAUGGAUCGAGACGGAGUACCAGGGCAUCGUCAUGGAGAACGACAACACGGUGCUGCUCAGCCCGCCGCUGUUCGCUCUGGACAAGGACGCACCGCUUCACUACGCUGGGGAGAUCUGCGGGUUCCGGGUGCACAACGGGCCCUCUGGGUCGGGCACGGUCCAGUUUGAGGCGGUGGUGCUGGACCGCUCCACCGGGGAGGGCCUGGUGCGCUCCAAGGAGCCCCUGGACUGUGAGAGCCAGAGGGAGCACAGCUUCACCAUCCAGGCCUACGACUGUGGGGAGGGCCCCGACGGAGCCAACAGCAAGAAGUCCCACAAGGCCACGGUGCACGUGCGCGUCAACGACGUCAACGAGUUCUCCCCCGUGUUCGUGGAGCGGCGCUACGAGGCCUCCGUGCCCGAGGGCCGCCUGUUCGACCGCAUCGUGCGCGUGGAGGCCCUGGACGCCGACUGCUCCCCGCAGUACAGCCAGAUCUGCUUCUACGACAUCAUCACCCCCAACGUGCCCUUCGCCAUCGACAACGACGGCAACAUCAAGAACACAGAGCCGUUGGACUCCAAGCGCCAGCGCGUUUACACCUUCUGGGUGACCGCCUUCGACUGCGGGAAGAACCGCGCGCAGGCCGACGCCCAGGUGGUCAUCACGGUGAAGCCGUCCUGCAAACCAGGCUGGAACGGAUGGACCAAGCGUGUGGAGUACACCCCCGGCUCCGGCAGCGUGCCCCUGUUCCCCAGCCUCCACCUGGAGACAUGCGAGGAGACGGUGUGGAACAUCCAGGCUACCGUAGAGCUGCAGACCGGCCACAUCGGGAAGGGCUGCGACAGAGACAGCUACUCAGACCGCUCCGUGCGCCGCCUCUGUGGUGCCGUCAGGGGUGAGGUGGACCUCCUUCCCCCCCCGUCCCCGGCCGCCAACUGGACCUCGUCCCUGCCCACCCUGCCCUCCUCCGACUCCUCCCUGGUCUUCUCUUUCAACGGCUCCGCCCACAUCGCCGCGGUGCCCAACUCGGUGGCGGCGGCCGUGUCCGGAGACCACUUCACCCUGCAGCUGUGGAUGCGGAGGGGCGGGGCCAACGUACAGCCCGCCUCCUCCGCCCCCACCCCCGGUCAGAGCAGGGGCAGCCACAAGGAGGAGGAGACCAUCAUCUGCAGCACCGUCAGGAACGAGGACUCCUUCUCCCACUACUCACUCUCCGUGCACGGCUGUCGCCUCUCUCUCUUCUACUGGCCCGACGUCUCUGCCACACGCCCCGUCAAGUUCCUGUGGAAACUGGAGCAGGUGUGUGACAGUGAGUGGCAUCACCUGUCUCUCAGCGUCCAGUUCCCUUCCGUCACUCUGUAUGUGGACGGUGUGACCUUUGACCCUGCACUCAUCCAUGACAACGGAGCCAUCCCUAACCCCGCCCCCCGCCAGAGGAUGGUCAUCGGGGCCUGCUGGGAGCCUGAGGAGAAGCAGAAGAUCUCCAACAACACCAUCCCAGAGGGGAAGGACUCGGGGAGGUAUGUGGGCGGUUACCGCGGCCUGUUGUCGGGGGUGACGGUGCGUCCGGGCAGCGUGGAACCCCACAGCGUGGUGGAGUGCCUGUAUGCCUGCCGGGAGGGGCUGGACUUUGGGGACCUGGAGACACUGGGCUCCGGCAUGAAGGUCCAUGUGAACCCCAGCCAGUCGGUGCUGGUGCUGGAGGGAGACGACAUCGAGAGCUUUAACCGCGCCGUGCAGCAGGUCACCUACAGAAACUCCCUGCGCUUCGCUACACCGGGAGUAAGGCCCCUCAAACUCACCACCUCCCUCAGGUGCUUCAGCGAGGAGAGCUGUCUGUCCCUGAAGCAGCUGGAGGGCUAUCUGGUGGUCCUGCAGCCGGACGCCCCCCAGAUCUCCCUGUCCGGGGUGGGGCCCCACCUGGCCCGCCCGCCCCCCGAGUUCGAGGGCCCCCGAGGCGUCCCUCUCUUCCCCGAGCUCAGGAUCGUGUGCUCCCUGUCCCACGCAGUCAACACCGCCGCCCAGGUGAUGGAGGGCGGAGCUCUGAUGUCCGAUGCUGUGGCCCACACUCUGGACGGCUGUGAGGUUCAGCCCUUGGGGGAGGAGCUGAACCCAGAGAGGGAAGAGCUGCUGGUGGACAUCGAUGUGCUGCGGGAGAGGGGCCUGGAGAUCAUUAAUACCACAGCCUACAUCGCCAUCACAGGCGCUGAGUCCAUCUCUGUGUACGAGGACGUCCUGCGCUCCGUCCGGUACCGGCUGGCCAAGGGCUCGGCCCGCUUCGAGAGGAGGUUCCGUCUGUCAUGCUCGGAGAUGAACGGACGCUACACCAGCAAUGAGCUGACGCUGGAGGUGAACUUCCUCCACUCUCUGGACAGCCUGUACCAUCCAUCACACCUGCUGGCCUCCCAGCAGCAGUUCCUCCAUCCGUCUCAGCACUCUGGGGAGCUGAGUGGGCACAGCAUGCCAAACCCACACCGCAACUCGGUGGUGCCAGGAGCUGCCACCGUCAUCAUCAUGGUAUGCGUGGGCUUCCUGGUCGUCAUGGUGAUACUUGGAGUGUUCCGAAUCCGCUCCAUCCAUCGCCGUAGCGAGGGGGAAAUAGGCGGAGCUAAGGAGGGCAGCAGCCAAUGGGACGACUCAGCCCUCACCAUUAUCGUCAACCCAAUGGAGUCCUUUGAGUCCCGUAUGGGCAUUGCAGCGGAUACAGAAGGGGAGGGCGAGGAGGAAGAGGAGGAGGAGGAGGAAGAGGAGGAGGCCACAGACUCCCCCGACGAUGCCGCCGGUGACGACCAGCGAAUCAUCGCCAAGAAAGACGGACGGGACGCCAACCCUCGUCGCUACUGAGCCCCCGCCCCCCGCCGCCCCGAUCUGGCGUUCUGUACCUCCCCACCAGUUCUCACAUGAACCACCACAAGCGGCCCAUCGCUGCCACACGCUCAACUCGGUUAAUAUUGACAACGGCUGUCACCUCAUGUUUAAGGAAUGUAUGCUUAUAAACACUACGCACAACACAACUCUGUAGAACUCUAUCCAGACCACACAAAUCGCUAUGUGUGAACUAUUGCAAACGGGGCAGAUGUUCACCACUUAAAUGUUUUAUGGCACAAUGUAUACAAAGUAAAUGUUAUUUACCUGCCUGACCAAAACCCACAGAUAUUGUACGUGGCGCACCAGUUCUACAUCACCAGAUGGUAUUGUGUCUGUAUAGUGUAAUACAGGUUGAAUGAAACUAUUUUGUUUUUAAAGAAAAAAGAUUGUAUAUGUUUUAGUAUUCACACAGAAGGAAUAUCCCUAGAAGAUUAAUAUUGAGGCAAUUCUUAAAUAACUAAAAAAGGACACUCGCCUUUGAAUAUAAUUUGAAUUCUCUGCACUUGCAUAUCAUGACU